AUCAUCAUCAAGAUUUUCUUUUACAUUUUUAUCCUAAACUGAAGGGAGAGAGAAAAUAACAUCAUUGUUUUCUAUAGACAGAUAAAAUAACCCUUAAAAGUCAAAUAAUUUACUUAUACUUUUGUCAAAUACUGAGCCCUCGUUACCUUGAUACUGCGGUCAUGCCUAUGAGUGUAGCGAAAAGCAAGAUGUCGCAGCUUCACUCGCGUACAAGAAGAGAAACGAAGCUUGAAAAGUGAACAAUUCGCUCCUUUAUCCGUGUACCGGGAAUGUAAAUGGCUAGGCCAUCUUUGAAUGCGGAUGUCGAAUUCCACAUUCGCCAUAACUACCCAUGGAGUCGUAUUCCAGCGUCUGUUAAACAAACACUAGGAAAUAGCCAGAGAGAAUGGGAAAAGUGCGUGUUUGACUACAGCGUGAGGAAUCAGCUGAGAUAUCGUGGUAAUAUCGUGAGGCAUGUCAGGAAAGAUGAGAAGAAAUAUUACGAGGAUCUUCUACAGUACAGUAGACAACACCUCAUGCUGUACCCCUACCAUCUGUCGGAUGUCAUUGUUAAGGGUCUCCGGGUCACGCCUUUCUCCUACUACUGCAGCAUUAUGCAAGACAUUAUGUCCAGUGAACGGAGUUAUGAUUCUUUACCAAACUUCACAGCAGCUGACUGUUUGCGCUUGUUGGGGAUUGGCAGGAACCAGUACAUAGAUCUCAUGAAUCAAUGUCGAUCUUCUAAGAAAUUUUUUCGCCGUAAACCUGUCAAAGAACUCUUGCCAAGUAAGCCAGUCAGCCUGAAGGUGCUGGAGCCCUGGUGGGAUGUACAGAUUGGCUACGUCACAGAGGAUGAUAUAAGGAUGUGUUCAGCUGCUGAGCAUCAAGCGAUAGAUUCCAUUAUCGAUAGCGGCCCAAAAAUGGCAGGAGUCAUGGACCUGAAGGUUGUACAAGGAUUAUAUAACAAGGGACUAGUCUACUUGAUUGUACCCAUUAAAGAUGAAGAUUAUAUCAUUGUACCCCCUUUGGAGAACUUUGUAAUGAACAGGGUACUGGGAGACUAUUUUGAGACUUUACUGUACAAGAUAUUUGUGUCAAUUGAUGAGCACACAAACAUUGCUGAACUUGCAAAUGUGCUGCAAAUUGACCUUCAGCUUGUUAAGAAUGCAGUCUCUGUGUACUGCCGUCUUGGGUUUGCAAGGAAAAAGAGUCUUGAGAUAGACGAGACAUCAUUGCAUGCCUCUUGGUCUGAGAAAAUCUCCAGCAACCUUGCCCUCAGUAGAAAAUAUGGAAGCCGUGAUAACCUCCUUUUAGACUUUAAUCAUCUUCAAGACAAGCCAAGCACCAUUCUUUCAGGAGAUGCGCCACAAACAGGGAGUGAUUUGAGUGAUGUUGACACACCCCUUUCUACCCCAACACCAGCAGAUGUUGGCCCACCUGGUAAGCGGAUUGCCUUUCUAUUUGAUUCAACUCUCACAGCUUUUCUUAUGAUGGGAAAUCUAUCACCUGGUCUCAAAAACCAUGCCGUCACCAUGUUUGAGGUGGGUAAGCUGACAGACGAGUCCAUGGAUAGCUUCCUGUCUGAGCUUGAGAAGGUUGACACCACAGCAGAGGGUGAGGCCCAGAGGUAUUUCGACCAUGCAGUCACUCUACGUAACACCAUACUCUUCCUAAGAUACAACAGGACUCUUGGUACCGACAGCACCUUGCCCAUCGGCCUUGACUUGCUGCGGUGUGAGAGCCUGAAUGGACUUGAUGCUGCUGCAUGCAGUCGAGUGCUUCAAAAGAACUACAGUUUGCUGGUGUCUAUGGCGCCUUUAAGUCAUGAGAUACGUCCUGUCACAAGUUGCGUUCCACCUCACCUGGGUCCAGCUAUCCCAGAAGUGAACUCUGUCUGGUUCAAGCUGUUCCUGUACCAGCUGGUGGGUAUGGGGCCACCCUCACUUCUACUCGUCAAGGGAACACGGCUGCGAUGGCUACCAGCCAUCUUUGAGGACUAUGAGCGGUUGUUGAUCACCACAUGGGGACAUGACCCUGGUAUUGUACCCGUGUCCAACGUCCUGCUUGCCCUCAAUGACGCUCUCUCACACUCGGCUGUACUAGUCCAGGCGCAUGGUGUACACUCAGAGGGGAAAGUCAUCAACAUCUCAUUCCCACUCGAUAAAACAGAAGGUGAAUUCUCCAUGGACAACCUCUCCGCACAUCCAGCCAUACGAGAACUAGCAAAGAACCUGGACUUGGAGCACACGUGCGGGUAUGUCUCCUUGCUGAAUACUAAGAUCGAUACGAAGCCCCGACGAGCGUUCACCCCGGCCAAGUCACCACCACCGGUCGAGACAACACCGAGAUCAAUAUCGCCUUCGGAACCAAUCAAUAGCGAUUCGAUUACCGGCACGACGCCACACGCUAUUAACAACUUAGGAAAUUCAACAAUGGACGAUAUCACUGCAAGGACAAUCUCGCCUUCGGAACCAACCAAUACUGACUCGGAGACUGAAAGCAGUUUCGAGGAGACUCCGCUCAGUGGUUUUGCGAGUGUGGGAAUGGACUAUCGAUCCUCUGACGAUAUGGUGAUUGUAAAUGGCGUCGGGUGUACUACAAGCGCAUGCGCGUCCAAAGACUGGCUGCCGCUGGAUUUGUGUUUUGGCGUGCCUCUCUUUGAUGGGGAUUUGAGUGAGGAAGUUUGCAAUAAGAUAUCCUCCAAGGGACUGUGCAUGGAAGAAAGCGUCAAGAGCCUGGUCAAGUCAAGCCGUUUGCUGUCCCUCACCGUAUUGGACUUCAUAGCGCAGCACCAGGACCCUUCACAAACCCAAGACACGUUGAGUGACCCCAAGGCUCAAGCCUUGGUCCUAAACACGACUCCUGAAGAGACAUUUAUACCUUACCCCACGCGUAACCUAUUAUUCAAUGAAGGUGUCCUAAAAGACUGGGACGGUAGAUGAUGAUCACCUAUUCUUCUCGAUGUAAUCGGAUUAUUUUCCCUACACGUAACGUAGUGUCCAAUGAAGGUGUCCUAAAAGACUGGGACGGUAGAUGGUGAUCACCUAUUCUUCUCGAUGUUUAUUCGGAUUAUUUUCCCUACACGUAACGUAGUGUCCAAUGAAGGUGUCCUAAAAGACUGGGACGGUAGAUGAUGGUCACCUAUUCUUCUCGAUGUUUAUUCGGAUUAUUUUCCCUACACGUAACGUAGUGUCCAAUGAAGGUGUCCUAAAAGACUGGAACGGUAAAUGAUGAUCACCUAUUCUUCUCGAUGUUUAUUCGGAUUAUUUUCCCUACACGUAACGUAGUGUCCAAUGAAGGACGGCGGAUGAUAAUCCUUCUGGAUAUUUAUUGGAGAUGCUCUUACUCCCUGACUGCGCACGCAAGGGGCUCAUGCGCGGACAUCUUUAUGAAGGACAUGCGGAAAAACCUGGUAAACGCGCAAUUUCAGAUAGAGAGAGAAGACACAAUUACUUACAAUGGCUAUAGGUUCCUUGUUCUACGGACUGAUUUUCUAAACACAAAUAACGUGAGGCUGAAGUGCACAUAACCAGAUUUUGGCUUUUUAAGAUAAUUUUUCCUUGAUCAUAAUUGCCCGGUGUAUCAGUUCAGGGACGAAACGCUCAAAUUUCAAUGACACUUUACAAAAAGUCGCAUCAAUUUAAAAAAAGUCGCACUUGAUAUUUUGUUUGCUAUAAGUUACUAAGUACUCUGAUAAAUUUUCCGCCUUAUUCGAUGUGAAAUGGGCUUAUUUGAAGCGUCAUGUCAUGUUUUUCCGUCAUGUCGAUGUGGUGCAUUUACUCCCUGACUGCGCAUGCAAGGGGUUCAUGCGCGGACAUCUUUAUGAAGUAGAUAAAGAUUUCAAGAAAUUCACUGUAGAUAUUAAAGGCGGUUGAAUUGGGUGCGAUCAGCGCUUAAGCAUUUUCACGUCCUAGAUAGAAGAGACCUUCUGUAUGCACAACCGUAGUGUCGGAGAUAGUCACUGAACGAGAACGCGUCUCUAGGAUAAUCAGGGAUGCUAAUUACAAAGUAAAAUGUUUUAGUUUAGCAGGCUCGCAUCAGUAGUUUAGCUGGUCUCCUUUUGUGUGGAGAGUGGAAGAGGGAUUACAGCUUUCAUUCCUUUGUGAUUCCUGAUAACUAACUGAUUUGCGAGCUACCCACUUCCGCGGCAAGUAGAAUGAAAAUGGUAGUUAUAGUAUUUAUGAACGUUAAAACAAUAGUACCAUACUCUCACCGAAACAGUGAGAGUAUUUACAUUUCCCAACUCUUACCUAUUCCGUAAAGUCGCUGUCCUUUGAUAUCGAUACUUAAUAGAGAUGGGUGGGUGUGCCUCCAGGGAAUUUUGAACGACCUAUCACGUCUUAGUUUGGGACAAUGUACACUGGCCCCGACAGACGGGCUGUUUGAUUCAAUCUGUGAGGCAGUUAGUUGAAGGUUAUAUGGACCUCAUAUGCAAACUGGGCAUGGGACGUUAUCUAUAAAAAGCCUGUUAUCAUUUGCCAUACGAUCAGAAAAUGAUUAUAUGAUUCUAGAGAUAUCCCUCUUCCACGAAUGGAAUUGUAAAUUCCGAUCGGAUGGUGGUAUUAAAGUGCUCUUUCAUUGUU